CUCCACCGCAUCCGGGCCGGAGACACCUCCCUGGCCGCCAUCGAGCAUGCCGGUCGUGUCAGAGGUGGGCAUCACGGUGACCGCGGCCACGGCCACGGCGUGCCCCUGCCCGGGGUCGCUGUUCCCGUACCCGCCGCCGCGUGCCGGGAUGGCCGUGAGCCGGAAGUGCCUGCGGGCGGCGCAGGCGGAGCUUGGCGCGGGGAUGCUCAGUGGCCUGGUCGAGUCCAUGCGGGCGUCGUCCCCCACGCACGCCAGGGCCGCUGCCGCCCUCGCUGCCGGCGUCGACGACGAGCACGCGGCCUGGAUGGCCAGGCACCCCUCCGCCCUGGCCAAGUUCGAGGAGAUCGUGGCCGCCUCCAAAGGGAAGCAGAUCGUCAUGUUCCUCGACUACGACGGCACGCUGUCCCCCAUCGUCGAUGACCCCGACGCCGCCUUCAUGAGCGAGACGAUGCGGAUGGCCGUGCGCAGCAUGGCCAAGCACUUCCCGACGGCGAUCGUCAGCGGUCGGUGCCGCGACAAGGUGUUUGAGUUCGUGAAGCUGGCGGAGCUCUACUACGCCGGCAGCCACGGCAUGGACAUCAAGGGCCCGGAGAUGCUCAGGCGGAUCAAAAGGUAGUGCUUUCUUUCCACAGCUAUUCGUAUCACAUAAAUGUGUUCCUAUUUGCUCAUGCAGACUUAUUAAUCAGUGGGAUUGUGAUGAGUAAAUGCUUCAAGGUUUGGGCACAUCACAGUUCAUAGUUAGAUUGUAUUACUUGUUUAAAUCGUGAUGCAAAGUGCGAUCAUGUGUAUCUUAUUUCGAUUCAUAAUGAGCUCCCAUUGCCAUCGUCCACCACCACCACUACCCCUGACCAAACGGAAUUCUUGAUGCGUUUUUGUUUGUCCCGACCGAUUUAUUGUUAAGAUUAAUUACGCUUCAAGCAUCCGAUCUAUGGCUUUCUAGAGUAAGC